AUGCCCACAGCUAAAGAUGUACUUUUGCAAUUGGCCAGAGGACUAGAACACAUUCAUAAAAAGGGAUUAGUACAUCGCGACCUGAAGCCUGAAAAUGUCCUAAUUUGGGUAGAUCCAAACACACAAAAAGUGUUAAUGAAGUGGGCGGAUUUUGGAUUGAGUAAACGAGUCAAUGAAAAAGGAAGUUACUCAAUGCAGAGCGGAGUUAAGGGUACCUUGGAUUAUUCAGCACCAGAGAUUUUAAAAUUACUCGAAAAAGAAGACACAAGUACGUCUACAGAUGGGACAACAUCACCAAAUACAAGAGGAAACAUCAAAAGUGAUGUAUUUGCAGAAGGACUCGUAUUCGGCUACUUUCUUUUGGGCGGUGUUCAUCUAUUCUAUUCAGGUUCACGCUAUCAUAUUCAAUCCAAUAUAAUCGAAAAGGAACCUCCGAAUCUACCAAAGAUUCAAUUUAAAGACAUACGUACGCUGAUCCAAAAAAUGUUGGAAAAAGAUCCACAUAAACGAAUUACUUCUUCGGACGUCACGCAGGAACUCCAAGAAAUUGAAAUGUCAAUUAACAAUUCAAUAUUUGCCGAAGAUACUUAUCCGAGCCUGGAAGAAGUCGAAAUACUGUUACAGAAAGAAAUGGAUAUAAACUCUGUGGAUGAAAAAGGGUUGACUCCACUUCUGCAUUUGGCACUUCCCAAAAAAAAUGAAGGUGACAAUUUAGUUGAAAUAUUUCGCCUACUAAUCACAAAAGGGGCAAAUGUCCACUGCGAGACCGAAAACAAAAUGAAUGCUCUGCAUUUACUGUGCGAACAUUAUAAAAAUGAAAAUUUUAUCGAUUUGGUAAAACUUUUGAUUGAAAAGGGAAUCAACGUUAAUUGCGAGAAAAAACGAUGGAAUGCUUUCAAUUGGCUGUGUAAAAUGUAUCCCCACAACAAUUUGUUGGAAUUAGUUAAAGUUUUCAUUGCAAGUGGAAUUAAGACAACGACGGAUGGAAUGCUCUUCUCCUCUUAUGUCAUCAUUACCAAAAAGAAAAUUUAA